UACUGUCAGAAACAGACUUAAGCUCUGCCUGCUCCAGGAAAACGGUGGUGACCAGAUUGGGUAUAGGAAUAACCUUUGGAAUAACCAAUUAACACCGAGUUCUGUAGCUGGGUGGGUGGGGGUCUCCAGGGAGGACAAGUCUCUGCUACCUAAGAGUUAUCUCCAUCCCCAGAUGCUGGUCAUGCCACAGGGACCUUUAGGCAAAUAAACAUGGUGUACCUUGGUCAUAAACAACUUAAAAGACUUCCUAGAAGCUUGAAGGAUGAACGCUGAGAGACUGGAGUACUUUUGUUUUUAAAGGACUUUGAUUUGACACUAACUCAGAAAUCAUCACUUGUCCCUGCAAAUCCUUUUUUUCCUUUGGGGUUCUGCUGUGAUGGCAGCAAAACAGAUGACAGGACAGCUUCAGCCCAUGUCAGCCCUGGAUUUCCUUGAGAUGGAUGGUCAUAAUUACGAACGCUUCGGGGAGGAGGAGAGGGACAACUACCAGAUUGACUACCGGAGGAUUGUGGGGGAUAUGGAACCGGCACGGCCUCGCCUGCCCAGCAGAGAUGGGGAGCAGGCCCACCUUUACGGCGCUAACGUCCACACCACGACACACGGUCACGGUCACGAGACUGCUGCGCAGCGGUACAGCGCCAUGCGUAUCCAAGCCGGGUAUGAACCAGAGAGUAUGGCCGACUACUUGAUCAGUGGAGGCACAGGCUACGUUCCCGAGGACGGGCUGACAGCGCAACAGCUCUUUGCCAUCGGUGACGGGCUGACGUACAAUGACUUCUUGAUCCUGCCUGGUUUCAUAGAUUUUACUUCUGAUGAGGUGGACCUAACAUCUGCAUUAACACGGAAGAUCACACUGAAGACACCUCUCAUUUCAUCUCCCAUGGACACAGUCACAGAGUCAUCCAUGGCCAUCGCUAUGGCAUUGAUGGGUGGAAUUGGAAUCAUUCAUCAUAACUGUACAGCUGAGUUCCAGGCCAAUGAGGUGCGCAAAGUCAAGAAAUUUGAGCAGGGCUUCAUUACAGACCCUGUGGUAAUGAGCCCCCGACACACCGUGGGUGACGUGUUCGAGGCCAAGACCCGCCACGGUUUCUCUGGGAUCCCCGUUACGGAAACCGGCAAGAUGGGAAGCAAGCUGGUCGGCAUUGUCACCUCCAGAGACAUUGACUUCCUGUCUGAGAAGGACCACGACAGACCUCUAGAGGACGCAAUGACCAAAAGAGAGGAUCUAGUUGUCGCACUCGCUGGUGUCACGCUAAAAGAGGCUAAUGAUAUUCUACAACGUAGCAAAAAGGGUAAGCUACCGAUUGUCAACGACAGUGACGAAUUGGUGGCCAUCAUCGCUAGGACCGACUUGAAGAAGAACAGAGAUUACCCUCUGGCUUCUAAGGACUCCCGUAAGCAGCUGCUCUGCGGGGCAGCGAUCGGCACCAGGGACGAUGACAAGUACAGACUGGACCUCCUCAUGCAGGCGGGGGUGGACGUGGUGGUCCUGGACUCCUCCCAGGGUAACUCAGUCUAUCAAAUCAACAUGAUAAACUACAUCAAACAGAAGUAUUCGGAACUCCAGGUGGUUGGAGGAAACGUGGUAACAGCUGCUCAGGCUAAAAAUCUCAUUGAUGCCGGUGUCGAUGCCCUCAGGGUGGGCAUGGGCAGUGGCUCCAUCUGCAUCACCCAGGAAGUGAUGGCAUGCGGGCGGCCCCAAGGCACAUCGGUGUACAAGGUUGCAGAGUACGCCCGGCGCUUUGGAGUGCCCGUAAUUGCUGACGGGGGCAUUGAGACAGUGGGGCACGUGGACAAAGCGCUGGCUCUGGGAGCAUCGACAGUGAUGAUGGGCUCACUGCUGGCGGCAACUACGGAGGCUCCGGGAGAAUAUUUCUUUUCCGACGGGGUGCGUUUGAAAAAGUACAGAGGAAUGGGCUCCUUAGAUGCCAUGGAGAAAAACAACAGUCAGAAGCGCUACUUUAGUGAGGGAGACAAGGUGAAGGUGGCUCAAGGCGUAUCAGGGUCAGUUCAAGACAAAGGCUCCAUCCAAAAGUUUGUGCCAUACCUCAUUGCUGGCAUUCAACAUGGCUGCCAGGACAUCGGAGCCAAGAGUUUGUCAAUUUUACGGUCGAUGAUGUAUUCCGGAGAGCUGAAGUUCGAGAAGAGAACAAUGUCUGCUCAGAUGGAAGGAGGAGUCCACGGCCUUCACUCAUAUUCUUUUGUACCAUUUAUGAGAAGCGACUUUACUGAGGGCAGAGGAAAGGGAAACGCCCGAUCGGGGCCCGACGUCCCGGCACCUGCCCUGCUGAGCAGACGCAUGAUUCACAUGUGAACAAGCUCGACUUCAUAUUUCAUAACCAUUUUCUAGACAUCAUACACUGCUUUGACUCACUCAUAAACUUGUCUGUCCAUAAUUUCUGAAGAGCAAACAGCCAGUUGGUAAAUUAAUUAUGUGACCAUAUUUCCUCAUCAUGUGUGGGGUUUUUCACAUUUAAAUUUCAGUUUGUGUGUACCCCGCUUUAAGAAGCUUCGACACACUCAUCUGUAAAGCGUAAGGUACACCUACACCGGGGGAGGGCAAUGUUUUUUUUUUGUUUAGUUUUUUUAAUCUGGCCUACAAUGCAUUUAUAUUAUCAAGAGUUCUGUAAUAUUUGUUGCAUUAAAGUAGCCAUUUUCCCCAUACAAUAUUUUUAGUUGAAGUGUAUUUAUUGAUGUUUUGUGCAUUUCAAGGAUUCAAGGAGUUUAAUUGUCAAAAAAAAGAUGAAAAUAUGUAUUUGCAGUUGUGAAUGUGUGCAAAGGUCCAGCUGUGGUUGCAGCAGAACUACAAAUGCAAGAGGCUUGAAUUGUAAUGAAUUUCUUGUAAAUAAAUAAUUUUUUUAAAAAUCAUUAAAAUAAUGUUUAAUAGACAUGUAUUCUUUAUUAGACUAUUGAAUAAUUGGUUUAAUAAUAUACAUCAUUAACAUUUAAAAUUAAUAUUUUAUUAAAAUAUAAAAAAAUAUAAAAUAUAAAAUAAAAUAAUACAUGCAUAUAAAUGUAUGUGUAUUUAUGUGUAUUUAAAUAAUUCAUUUAAAAUGUAGGUAUUAGAUUUUACGUGCUCACUUAUUUCCCCAAAAUUGGAUAGUUAAAAUAUAUUUAUUCAUGUUUUAUUCGUUUAUCUCAUUCAAUAAAAAAUGUAUUUCUUGUAAAUAAAUAAAAAUAAAAACAAUUUACAUAGACAUUUAUUUAUAGACUUUACUUUCUUUUAUUUAAUUAUACAUAACACAAAAUAAUGUAUGUUGUUAAACAAAUUCUAAAUGUAUAACAAUAUAUUAAAUUAUAAUUUAACUUUUACAUAUUUACAUAAACAUUUUACCCUUUUAUUUAUGUAUCGAUUUAUUUAAUUACCGCAUUUACAAAUGACCUGGCCCGUACCGUUUUAAAAAUAAAGUUGCCCACCCUCGGUCUACACAAACUAAUGAGACCUGAGAACUGUAUCAAUAACUGUGUAUAUAAGAUAAUGCUUUUUUUUUUUUUCAUAAAACAUUAAUUUAACAAUAUGUAUAUUAAUGUAAUUUGCAGUGGCGUAAAAAUGCACUGCAAAACAACAAGACAUGACAUUGGAUUGUAUUGGUGUACCUUAUUAAGUGUCUGCUGAGUGGGUUUUGAAUGUUUAAGUUGGAAAGUCGGGUACUAGAAGAAAAAGUCCAUUUGUGUUUUGACUAUUCCAUAUUUUAUUUCAUUAUGAGAGGAAGGCAUCACAAACAUGUACUUUUAUGGAACAAUGUUAUGUUUUUUUUUUCAUUGUACAUUCCUUCAUUCGUGUCUCGUUUGGAUUGUUGAGUACACAUUCAGGGUAAUUUCUCCCAAUGGUAUGUACAGUAUAUGACCUCACUCAGGAUCUUCUGGUGUACGCUUUAUAUAAAAUGGGCUGACUAAUAUGACAGAAGGAACAAAAGAACCAACUUGUACAAAUAUGUAAGAAUGUGUAUUUGCUGCGUUUUGUGUGUCUGUGUGAGAGAAAGACUGCUGGAGCGUACACCUUUAUUCUUGAUUAAAUAGAUGACACUGAUUGACAAAACGCUCUUGUUCUGAUAAUUGAUCACCUUCGACACUGUCAGACAGGUGUUAAUUUAACAAUGCUGUACUGUCAUGCUUGUUCAAGUGGUUUUAGUUUGCAACAUCAACUGCACUGUGUCAUACUGAGAGGGCUUUCUAAUAUUUUGCCUAUUUCGUGUAGAAAAUCGAGGUCAAAUGCCUACAACUGAGUUACAAAUAUAAUAAAACUUCUUUAGUACAUUUGUCUGACAGUGUCAAUCAAAGCUGAGCAUUGCUACUGCUGAUAAAGAGUAAAUUAGUAAAGUAGCUCUUGUAUUUCCUUAGAUUGUGCAGGUGUGCCUACUGUUAAGUCAUUUUAAUUCUGGAGGGGAAAAAAAGGAAACUGUCCUCAUAGUACUGUAAUAGCUUUUUAAAAAAAAAAAUUUUUAAUACUGUAUAUUCAAUAUGUACAAUACAAAUUCAGAACGUGGAACAUACAGUGUGUUAAGGUUUAAAUACUGCAAAAAUACUUUACAGGUGGAUCUCAAUAAAUUAGAAUAUGUUAGAAAAGUUCAGUAAAAAAAUUAAAACAAUUUCAGUAACUUCAAUUCAAAAAGUGGAACUCAUACAGAGGUUCACAAAACAUGAAAUACUUUUUAAGGUCAAUUGCUAACUAAUUUCUCUACUAAAAAUAAUUUUAAUUGUUUAUCAUGUCUUCUGGCACGGUGUAUAUCUGGUUAGAGCGUCUGCCUCACAGUUCUGAGGACCGGGGUUCAAUCCCCGGCCCCGCCUAUGUGGAGUUUGCAUGUUCUCCCCGUGCCUGCGUAGGUUUUCUCCGGGCACUCCGGUUUC